AUGUCCCACGGGACCUACUAUGAGUGUGAGCCUCGGGGUGGCCAGCAGCCACUCGAGUUCUCAGGGGGUCGAGCUGGGCCUGGGGAACUGGGGGACAUGUGUGAGCAUGAGGCCUCCAUCGACCUCUCUGCCUACAUCGAGUCUGGGGAAGAACAGCUACUUUCUGACCUCUUUGCCAUGAAGCCGUCGCCGGAAGCCAGAAGCCUUAAGGGCCCGGGAACCCCUUCGUUCCCUCACUACCUGCCGGCUGAUCCUCGGUCAUUUGCUUAUCCCUCACAUACAUUUGGCCCAGAUAGGAAGGCUUUGGGGCCUGGCAUUUACGGUAACCCGGGGAGCUACGACCCCAGGGCUGUGGCUGUGAAGGAGGAGCCUCGUGGGCCAGAGGGCAGCCGAGGCACCAGCCGAGGUGGCUACAAUCCCCUGCAGUACCAAGUGGCACAUUGUGGGCAGACGGCGGUGCACCUUCCCCCGAGCCUGGCAGCACCUGGCCAGCCCCUACGCGUCCUCAAGGCCCCUGUGGCUGCUGCUGCCCCUCCCUGCAGCCCCCUUCUCAAGGCGCCCUCCCCAGCUGGGCCCUCACACAAGGGCAAGAAGGCAGUGAACAAAGACAGCCUCGAGUACCGAUUGCGACGGGAACGCAACAACAUAGCAGUGCGCAAGAGCCGGGACAAGGCCAAGAGGCGCAUUAUGGAGACGCAGCAGAAGGUGCUGGAGUACAUGGCUGAAAAUGAGCGUCUGCGCAGCCGUGUAGAGCAGCUCACCCAGGAGCUAGACACCCUUCGGAACCUCUUCCGCCAGAUCCCUGAGGCCGCCAGCCUUAUCAAGGGCGUGGGGGGCUGCAGCUGAGCCUGCCUGGCAGACUGUGGACACCAAACCCUGUCGACCCCGUCCCUUCUAGGUCCCCAGAGUCCUCAAUAAAACAGGGAUCAUGGACAAUGGCAGCCAGUAGCUGGCAAGGUCGGGACCUUAAUGAUUCUGAGGCUGAAUAAACUAC